AUGAAGGCAGCAGAAGCAGCAGCAGGGCCCCACCAGGGGGCCCCCUUGAAGGCCAAGGGGGCCCGCCUGAGCCCCCUCAGUGCCAGAAGCCCCAGUGUGUCUCCGCCCCGGACUCCAGCCUUCAGCAGCAGAAGCAACGCCAGCAGCAGCAGCCCCCGCAGCUGCUGCAGCCCCAGCAGCAAGAGCAGCAGCAGCAGCAAAGUGUGCAGCACUCCCCGCAACUCCGGCAGCAGGACCUGCAGCAGUCCGCGCAACUACGAUGUUAGCAGCAGGCUCUGCAGCAGUCCCCGCGGCAACAACAGCAGCAGCAGCAGCAGCAGCAGCAGCAGCAGCAGCAGCAGCGGCAAGACCUGCAGCAGCCCCCGCAGCGGCAGCGGCAGCAGCAAAGGCUGCUCCAGCCCCCGCAAUAACAGCAGCAGCAGCAGGAGCUGCGUCAGCCCCCGCCACAGCAACAGUAGCAGCAUGAGCUGCAGCAGCCCCCGCUACGGCAGCAGCAGCAAGAGCUGCAGCAGCCCCCGCUACCUCAGCAGCAGCAAGAGCUGCAGCAGUCCCCGCCACAGCAGCAGCACGGCCAACAGCAAACGCUGCACGAGUCCGCAAGACAGCAGCAGCAACAACGAAAGCUGCAACAGCAGCAGCAGCAGCAGCAGCAGCAGCAGCAGCAGCAAGAGCAGCAGCCAUGGCUUCGAGACGCGGCUGCUGCCCCUUCCCCGCUGCAUGCGUGCUGCACCUGACCCUGCCUGUGUUGCUGAAAGGGAGCAGCAGCUGCUGCGCUACAUUGCCUCUUUGCAAGAAGGAGGCCAGAGCAGCAGCAGCAGCAGCAGCAGCAGCAUCAACAAGCAAGAGGGCUGGAUAGAGCUCGAGUACCCUGCUGCAUCUGCGAGCUCUGCUGCAGCAGCAGCAGCAGCAGCAGCAGCAGCAGCAAGCACAGGCGCCCCCACAAAGCGCGCCCCGCAGGACUCCCCAGACAGAGAACCAAGGAACACCUCGAGGUCCGCAGCAGCAGCAGCAGCAGCAGCAGCAGCAGCAGCAGCAGCAGCAGCAGCGGCAGCGGCGAGGGUAGUGGGGCUUGUUUUGGCUUUCGGGGAGGGGCAGGAGGCAGUUACCCCACCGCAGCAGCAGCAGCAGCAGCAGCAGCAGCAGCAGCAGCAGCAGCAGCAGCAUGUGUGUUUGUGCGUUCAGCGGCUGCUGCCUUCUCCGCUAGACUUAGCAGCAGCAUUUGAGCAGCUGAAAGCAGCCAGCGAAGCCCUGGGAUCGGCCGAUCCCACAAAUAGCCGAUCCCAGCCAGCAGGGCGCAGCACCCCUUGGGGGCCCCCUGGGGGCCCCCCAGGCGCCCCCCAGGGGGCCCCCCAGGGGGCCCCCCAGGGAGCCUCCCAGGGGGGCCCCCAGGGGCGCUCCCAGGGGGGCCCCCAGGGGCGCUUCCAGGGGGGCCCCCAGGGGGGCCCCCAGGGUGGCCCCCCUGGGGGCCCCCAGGGAGGCUCCCAGGGGGGCCCCCCUGGGGGCCCCCCGAGGCCCCUUGGGGGCCCCCCUGGGGGCCCCCCGGGGGGCCCCCCUGGGGCGAUUGGGGGCUACGUGAGCCACGGGCUGCUGGCGCGGGCUAUGGAGGCUCUGGGGUGGUGGCCUUUGGAGUUGAACGGCAGCGACAAGAAAGAAGUGCUGCUGAGUUUGUCUUUGGCAGAUGAAGUGGCGCACCCGAAGGGGAAGUUGGCUGCGAAGAAAGUGCUGCCGCAGGGAGUCACUAAAAGAGGGUUUGUUCGGGCCCUCGAGUUCCUCCCCUUCAACCUCCCCGAGUGGCCCCGCAGUGCCCCUCGUCGUUUCCCCUCGCCAGCCCGUCUCCCUGCAGCACGUGGCCUUUCCUGUGCGGAAGCUGCCCAGCAGCAGCAGCAGCAGCAGCAGCAGCAGCAGCAGCAGCAGCAGCAGCAGCAGCAGCAGCAGCAGCAGAGCCAACAGCAGCAGCAGCAGCAGCAGCAGCAGCAGCAGCAGCAGCAGCAGCAGCAGCAGCAGCAGCAGCAGCAGCAGAGCAGCAGCAGCAGCAGCAGCAGCAGCAGCAGCAGCAGCAGCAGCAGCAGCAGCAGCAGCAGCAGCAGCAACCAGAGCAGCAGCAGCAGCAGCAGCAGCAGCAGCAGCAGCAGCAGCAGCAGCAGCAGCAGCAGCAGCAGCAGCAACCAGCAGCAGCAGGCGCCUGCUGCUAUCCAGGAGGCCGUGCUGCUCUGCCAGGCCGCGCUGCUGCUUUGCCUCAUAUUUGGCCUCGACGUCUUCAGCGAAUUCCCCAACUUGAAAGUGCCAACUUCCUGCAAUGCAGCAGCAGCAGCAGCAACAGCAGCAACAGCAGCAACAAGGACUGCUGCGUCUGCUGCUGCCAACGCAGCAGCAGCAGCGGCGAGUGCCUCUGCUGCUGCAGCAGAUUCUGCAGCAGCAACUGCUGCUGCGCAGCGAGCUGCAGGGCAAGCCACCGACAAGCAGAGUGCAGCAAUCGCUGCUGCCACUGCUGCUGCUGCUGCUACUGCUGCUGCUGCUGCUGAAAGGGUCCUUUGUGACUCCCCGCUUUUCCUUGAAGCUGGACAGAUGGAGCCAAAUGUCUACAUCAAGGCAUCUGCACCAAACAGAAGCAGCAGCAACCGAUAUAGCAGCGGCAGCAGCAGCAGCAGCAGCAGCAGAACGCAGUCUGUGAGCGGACAAAGAAGCUCCAGCAAGCGCCAGCAGCAGCAGCAGCAGCAGCAGCAGCAAAACGGCACUUCAAAGCCAGACCCUCUCCACGGAGUUUCCAUCCGAAGGACCAAGGUUCCUAGCUGGCACUUAGCUCAAGACUUUCUGCUGAGCCGGAUGGUGUCAGUGGAAGAGCUGCAGGCUGCGCUGCCGUGUCUGCUGCCAGUGGACUGGGUUGCUGCUGCUGUGUCUCUGUUGGUGGGAGCAGCAACAGCAGCACUUUCGCCAGUGGAGUGGCUGGGGCUGCUGGGGGCCCCCCUGGAGGGGCCCCCAGCAGCAGACUUGAGAGUUGUGGGGCAGCGCUAUGCUGCAGUGCAUCCUCGCCCGACUCCGUUGAAAGCCUCGCCUGCUGUGAUUCGAACGAUGCGGCUGCUGCAGCAGCAGCAGCAGCAGCGCCAGCAGCAGCAGCAGCAGCUGCAGCAGCAGCAGCAGCAGCAGCACGAACUCGAGGAGUCCUGGAGGGUCACUUGCGCCCCCAGCCGCAUGGGGCUGCGCUGGAGCUCCUUCACGACGGUUCAGAAGCAGACAAAGAAGCAGCAGCAGCAGCAGCGCGCAGCAGCAGCAGCAGCAGCAGCAGCAGCAGCAGCAGCGGAAGGCAGCGGAUCUGCAAGCAAGUUCCUCGAACUCGGCUGCAGCGAGGAGCAGCAGCAAGAGUGGCUGCUGCAGCAAACGGCGCAGCACAUUCUCUCCACUGCUUACAGCGACAAAACAGCAAGUGCAAUGUCUCGGCUGCUAGCUGCCUGCAACCCGGGGGCAAGCAGCAGCAGCAGCAGCAGCAGCAGCAGCAGCAGCAAAGACGUCACUGCGCUUGCUGCUGCAGGCGAGACCUUCUCCUUAGACAUUCUGGCGCUGCAGUUCUGCGCUGAGGCCUUUUUCUAUCUCUUCACCACAGCAGACAUUUUUAAAGAAAUCCAUAAGCACAUUUAG